AUGAAUUUACUUCCCAGCAGACGCAGAAAGGCAACUUCAAUUAACCCGUCUCCAUCUCUUUCUUCACUUUCUGGUUCCGCCAGCCCUCCAGAGCCAUGGGUUGAAGCGGACAUAUCGUCCAGUGACUAUGCUCGCAGGCGUAGAGAGCUUAUGGAGAUGAUGGCUGACCUCCGAUCCAUGGGUGCCGACUCGCUGAUCGACAUACCAUCCGUAGUCGUGAUUGGUGGCCAAUCCGCGGGAAAAAGCUCGCUCGUAGAGGCCGUUAGUGGGAUCAACGUCCCAAGAGAUAGUGGAACAUGUACACGAUGCCCUAUGGAAUGUUCAAUGUCCAGUCAUGCCACAUCAUGGUCCUGCACUAUCACCUUACGAAUUUACCCCGAUAACAACGGCCGAGACUUGCAAAGGCCUACUAUUGUGCCCUUCGGCCGAACGAUCACCGACAGAAGUGAAGUUGAAGUCUGGCUGCGUCGUGCCCAGGCAGCAAUUUUGAACCCGAGCCUUCCUUCUUCGAGCUUCCACACAAAGACCAUCGAGGAACUCAGGAACACAAAAAAUACACUGAAGUUCUCCCGCAACGUGGUGUGCGUCUCGAUUGAAGACCCCGAUGCGACUGAUUUGUCGUUCUACGAUCUACCGGUAUGGCGGAACAUUACACCAAAGAAAGAUAACACUAUCAUAUUGACCACAAUUCCCAUGAGCGACGACAUGGAAAAUCAACAAUCGAUGAGUCUCGCCAGGACUGCGGACCCCGAUGGAAAGCGAACGAUUGGUGUACUUACGAAGCCUGACACGCUUGGUGCUGGAGCUAUCAACCAACGCCGCAAAUGGGUAGAAAUUAUCGAGGGCCGUUCGGAGGAUCACAAACUGAGACACGGUUUUUACUGCGUCCGUCUUCCUGAUGAUGCCGAACGCACUCAACGCCUGUCUCGUGCUGAAUCGCAAAGGCGUGCUGCAGAGUAUUUUGACACGACGUCACCCUGGAACGACGUAGCCGACCGUCAUCGGUUCGGAAUUCCGGGCUUCGUCUCUGAUGUAAGCCGACUGCUCAUCCAGUUGAUCGAGGAAGUUUUACCGCGUCUCAUAGAAGACAUCGAGAAGCUCCUUGCCAAAUGUAUCAAGGACAUUGAUGCACUGCCUCCACCACUUGCAGAUGACCCACAAAUUGAAGUUUUGGGACGAGUUAAUGCGUUCUGCGAUGUCUUCAAGAGCUUUGUGAAUGGCAGCCAUGAAGACAAACGUCUUGCGCAGCGGAAUCGCGCUCUCUAUGCCAUUUUCAAGAGGGAUAUACGCGGCACUGCUCCCGAUUUUAGGCCAUUUGAUAAACCGGAAGACUACGUUCCACUGGACGAUACUGAAGGGAAGAUGACCCUUACUGAGCGAGACCCUGGCGUGAAAGUGAUGGGCAUAUAUGACGUCUCUAGGGUCAUUGAGGAUGCAAUUGGAUGGGAGCUUCCUAACAACGUGCCGUACCAGGCGAAGGCGAAUCUCAUCGCUCAAUUCACUAAACUCUGGAUUGCUCCAUCUGAGCGCUGUCUCGCUACUAUCAACGAUGUGCUUGAUGAGGUCAUCACCACACUUAUAGGUAUCCAUUUCGGACGCUUCAAAGUUCUCGAGGGUUAUGUCGGAAUUCAGGUGGAUGUCUGCAAGGCGCGCGCUCAAGAAGCUGUCAAAACAGCUUUGGAUUUGGAAACCACUCCAUACUAUACUCAGAACACGCAUUAUCUUCAGACCCUCCGCGAAAAAUGGCUGGCUCACUAUAAGACAUCUAUGGAGGAGGGUGGGGAGGCUGAGGUGUUUUCUUAUGAGAGUAUCGAGCCGACCCGGGCAUAUGCUCCAUCACGCGUUCACUCGAUGACAGAUACGCCCCAAUCCAUAGCUUUGAGGGCUCUUGCAGACGCGGGGUAUCCGAAUCUUAGGGUACCAGAUCUUGCGCGUUUGUUACCUCCUGACUCAUUCGAGGAAGAACUAAUUGUGAUGGCGGAUGUUCGGGCAUAUUAUCACGUUGCCUACAAGCGCAUCAUUGACCAUCUUCCUCUGACGAUCGAGCAUGCUCUCCAUCAUGCCCUGGCGAACCAUCUUUCGCAGAGCCUUCUUACGAGCUUGUUGAUUGAUGUUGCGUCUGGGCCCAACUUCUCUGAGCGUAUGAGCGAGUUGGUCAGCGAAGAUGCUUCCAUAGCUCAGAAACGCGCAACGCUCUCGACAAGAAAACAACGCCUAUCAGACAUUCGCCGGAGACUCAUGACCUUCAGCAAUGGUGCUGGAUCACUGUGA